CCGUCUUUCGUCAUCCACCACUCACUCGCUCGUUCGCUCAACACAUCUCGCACCUGAACGAUUCUCGCAACGACUUCUGCCAACUUCUCCCAUUCGUCGUCCUUUCUCUACACCAAUCCGUUGAAUGCUGGCAUCGACCGAACCUACCUUCAACUUGUCAUCCUAAUCACCCCGUCGACCGUCGAGUAUCCUAUCCCCUCCUUCAACCGACACCUCCCACUCUCGCAGAGCUUUUCGACGGUUCUUCCCAGCCUACCAUAUCAUUACCGCCAACAUGAACUUCACCAAGAAAUUCGACCGCGCCUUCCAAUGGGCCGGCGAAAAGAUGGGAUCCGAGUCCAAGACCGGACAGACGGACGAAUUCAAAAACUUGGAAAUGGAGAUGCAAUUGCGAUACGACGGAAUGGAACGACUUCAAAAAUCCACAAACACCUACGUCAAAUGGGUUGCCCGUCGUGGUGAGGCCUUCGACGACAAGGAGAAGGGCCUCCCAAUCGCUUUUGUCGGGCGCAUGAUGAUUUCCCACGGCGAGGAAUUCGAGCCCGACUCCGAAUUUGGAGCCUGUCUGCUCUGUGAGUUGAUCGAUCUCGGAUACUAUGCUCUAUUAUGCGAAGCACUGCUAAUCAUGCAAUCCACAGCUCUCGGUCGAACCAACGAACGUCUAGCAGGUAUCCAGGAAAGCUAUGCCUCAGAAGUUACCGAUAACUGGCUUGUCUCGGUCGAAAGAUCUCUGGCAAUGAUGAAAGAGUAUCAGGCCGCACGGAAGAAGCUCGAGUCGCGCCGAUUGGCCUACGAUGCAGCAAUCAGCAAAAUGCAGAAGACGAAGCGCGAAGAUUUCCGUCUCGAGGAAGAGCUCCGUACUGCCCGCGCAAAGUAUGAGGAAGCUGGCGAAGACGUCAUGCGACGCAUGUCCGAUAUCAAAGAUGCAGAGACGGACAAUGUUCGCGACCUGACUGGCUUGCUCGACGCCGAGUUGAACUACCACGAACGCUGCGCCGAGGAGCUUCGCCGUCUGCGUCAGAAUUGGGCGGGCGGCAAUGCGCCUCCCUCGCCAACCGAUCGCCGUUAUGGGAACGGCGGUCGCGGGCGGUCCAACACGGCCCGCUCGUUCAACGAUUAUUCGGCUCGCAACAACCACGUUGAGGAGGAACCAGAACCGAUGCCCGUCCGCAUGCCCAUCCGCUCCCAACGAUCAGAGGUAAAGUUCGGCGCGUCGGCCGACACAACCCCGAGGCCGUCUAUUAGUAGGUCUCAGACGUUCCAAGGGCCAGCUGCGACCGACCGACGAUCCAUGGCUGCUACCCCGCCAGUGCCUGCCGUUUCUCACAUUGGAUCUUUGCGUGGGAAUCUGAGGCCUACCGGUAGACCGAUGGCUAGCGAUGUGUUUGCUGACGAUGAUCACACGACGAUAAGCGGUAGCGGCAGCCCGGAAUGGAAUGAUCGCAGUGCCAGUCCGGCCACCAGCAUGGGAAGCAGCUUGACUCGGAGCACAAGCAACCUGCAAGCCAAGAAAGCACCUCCGCCUCCUCCCCCGAGCCGAGCCAAGAAGCCGGCGCCCCCGGUACCCGCUAAGCGGGAGGUUGGGUACUAGAUAUACACCGCUUUUCGAGAUUCUUCUGCCAAAGAUGGCAGUGGGCGGGCGUAGCGAUGUGCGAUAUUUUUGUUGUUUCGGGUCUCAAUGCAUCAAUAGACUGUUCAUUCCGUGACGGGGUAUAGGGGCUCCCGACAGGAGCAGGGCGUUUGGGCGUGUUAAUAUCCGUGGGCUGGGAUCGCAAUCGU